CAUCAGUUUGUCUUCAUUUCAUCUGAAACACACAAGAAUCAAAUGUCUGACUUUAAUUUUGGGAUAUUGUCCUUAAAUAUAACUAAAGCUUUCACACAGGGCUCAUAAAUGAUAUGAAAUAGAAAUAAAUACCUUGAAUUUUGAUUGAAAUGUCAUAUUUGAUUCCACCACUGAGCUUUCUUUUUCCAAAACGAUGUGUAGAAGAAGAAGAAGCUAAUUCACAAAGCUAGCCAACAAUGUAGCAGGAUGAGUUCUAAUAAAACUCAUUUAUAUUUUCUGUGCUGCAUAAAACGACAGAAGACCGGAAAGAAUAACUAAAAUAAUCCGGUUUUGCUGAGUGUUUGUGUGCGUGUCUGGUGUGUGUCUUGAGAAACUUUUCUCCCAUUUUAUUCAAACCGCUGCUGCACUGUAACCGAUCAUUUCUCAAGCCGCUGUUUGCUGCUUUGUGCCGCUGCUGCUCUCUGUUCUGAUAAUCAGCAUGGGAAUCAACGUGGCUGUGGGCUGCAUCGUGUCAUUCGUCCUCCUUGAUGUUGUCAACCCCACUGUCCAUUAUGCACAUGGAUCACAGCUGAGCACCUUCGCAGAGGAUGCCCUCAACUUUAACAUCCUUCAGUCUGCACUGGACAUCUGGGGGACAGUGCUGCUCCGAGCCUCCCUCCUGCUGGGAGCCUCUUUAGGGGUGACAUGGAACAAGAUGGACGGCCCGCAGAGGGUUGCUAAAUCCACCAGCCUUAUUCUCCUCAUCUAUCUGAUCGUCAUCACCUAUACACUGGCCAAGCUGCUGAUGCUGACUAAGGUGAGGACUUUGAGCAUCAAUGACCAGCCCUGGCUCUUGAGCCUGAUAUGUUGGACUUGUGCCUCUUCUCUGGGAGUAAUGCUGCUCUGGAGGUGGCUGGGGAAGGAUCCGGAGUCUGAGAGCAGUCUUAUUGGUGACAGCAGCAGCAGUAGUGGUAGAGGAUAAGAUAAGAUAAGAUAACCUUUAUUAGUCCCACACGUGGGAAAUUUGUUUUGUCACAGCAGGAAGUGGACAGUGCAAAGGUCAUGAAGCAAAAAUUAGAAUACAAGGAGCAAGGGACUGUGAGGACACUGAAAAGCUGGUGGAGACAGUUGGCGAGGAGGAGCAGGAGUUGGGCUCUGAGAGAAAGAAGAAGGAGAAGGCCAGCAGCUCAGGGGCCACACUGGGACGCCUGCUGAGCUACUGCAAAAAGGAUGCUGAGCUGCUCUCUGUUGCUGUCCUCUUCCUCAUCAUCGCUGCUGUGUUUCACUUGCAAUUGGAGUACGAGAAGGUGUCUUCACCCUGAUGUUUGCGAGAUUAAACAUUCGUCUCAGGAACCAUCUUUUCCGAACCUUGAUGAGGCAAGAAAUUGCCUUUUUUGAUGACAAUCACACAGGUGAUGUUGAACGCGAGUUCCUGUGCACACGUCCCUCCCUUCGUAUGAUCUGUUCUAAUGUAAUUCCACGCCCGUAUCCUUUCACGCCUGUCUGCUGACACCACCCAGGUGAGCGACCUCAUCUCCCAGAACGUCAAUGUCUUCCUGGAGAACGUUCUUAAGGGCGUUGGCUUCUUCAUCUUCAUGUGUGGCAUGUCCUGGAAGCUCACACUGGUGACCAUCAUGGGAUUCCCUUUCAUUGGUCUGAUCUCAAAACUUUAUGGUGAAUACUACAAGGUAAA